CACCAACGAACCAAUCAGAUGCCAUAUUAUGUGCACCAAUCAGAACUCGCGGCUUUGGAAAGAAAUGUGUGCUAACACGCUUCACAAGUAAUCCAGUUAUGGUGUUUUCCUGCGCGACCGCUAUAGUUCGCCGUAGACAAGUGACCCAGUUCGGGGCAGCAACACACCCCAACGUCCGUUGAAGCUCAGCAUUGAACUUAGAUGUUUAGCUUCUAUCUCAUGAUCGUCCAGCAUGGGGGUACCAUUUCUCACCCGUCAUUUAUACCCAUUUGCGGAGUCAGUUGUGUUGGGGGAUAAUCCAGACACGCCGCAGAGCCCAAUGCCGUGUGCUAGAGAUGUCGUGAUAGACGGACCAAGUCUUGUGUAUCAUGUUUCUAUGCGCUUAUUAUCGCGGUGUGAUCCUGGCAUCCAAUACCCUCACCUACAGCCAACAUGCGACGAAGUAAGUUGCGCAGUCAUGAUGUAUCUCCUACAAUUGACCAUCCUUGGUGUAAAAAUACAUAACAUAUUUUUCGAUGGGGCACUCCCUGCUCAAAAACGGCAUACGCGUCUUGCUAGACUAGAGAGGUCAAGAAGAAAGCUCGAGUUGCUCCGGUCUAAAUCACCGUACGGCUUUCAGAGAUCUGAUAGCUCACAAAAAGCUCGAACAAUCAACUUCGAGACUGUUCUCCAGAGGCGGGCUCUACCUGCAAAGUUCAAUAAUAUUCCCGAAAGCCCUUUCAUUGUCCCUGCAGUGUUCGAAGAUCUCAAACAUCGAUGGUGCAGAAAGAAUAUUGCCAGCGUCGCCAACGAUGUCCCAGGCCUAGACAUUGCUUCCUUGGAUGAUUUCCCAUGGGCAGAUAUCGUGGCGAUGGUUCCAGGUGAAGCGGACAUGUAUUGUGCUCAGCGUGCUAGGCUCAUAGGUUCUGUUAUACUUACCAAUGAUUCGGAUCUCUUACUUCAUGAUCUUGGGUCCCUCGGAUCUGUCGUGCUCUUGGAUUCCGUCGAACUAGGAGUAUGCAGUGUCUCUUCGCCCCAACGCCUACAAAUACGGGCUCUAAGAUUAUGUCCAGCCCAGGUCGCCCAUCGGCUAGGCACAGUCAAUCUGCUUUCUUUGGCUUAUGAGUUGAAGACCCACCCGGAUACUGGAAUAAGACAGCUAAUACAGCGUUCAAAAUACAUAGACGGGUCCCCAGAAUAUAUUUCAGGGUUUCGUCUAUUUGCGGAGGAGUACGAGAGCAAUCCGAGCUUUGAGCGGGAAGCUGCAUGUCUAAGCUAUCCCCAAUGUUUUGAUCCAAGAAUUUCUGAGUUGUUCUCUCUCUACAGAGGAUGGGGAGCUCAAAGAUUCGAGGGACCCCCGCACAUGUAUCUUCUCGUUCUGAAUGAAGAUCCUACGAGACAGUGUGCAUGGGUCCAAGGCAAGGUGUACAGAGUCAUGGGGUAUUCCGCCCUUAAUAUGUCGUACGCCAUCAACGAAAGGUAUUCCUUUGUCGAUGAGUAUGUAAGGCGAGGAGGUAGAAUUACAGCUGAUCGUAUCUCAAUGAGAGAUAAGAAGUGGAUUAUGAUGGAAGUUCGAUCACUGUCUACUCUUUUGAACACAGUACGUGAUCAUUUGGGAAUUGAUAUGAAAUCUCCAAUUUACUGGAGAAUGUUCGCGCUCUAUGUGAUAUACGACGGGCAGACAGGGCCCCCAGCUCCCAGCAAGGAGCAUCUAACGCGAUUUCUCAGACUCGGUUACAUGGGCAAAAAGUUGCAUUGGACCGAUAUCCAUCUCCUAGCCCAGAUGCAGUCCGUGCUAUAUUCCCUCAGAAUUCUCAAGCAGUUACUUGGGUUUGCAGAUUUCAGUGGCGACCAAACCAUUCAAACAGAUUCCAUCUUGGAUAGCUUACCCCCCCUUUAUAUUCUGAUGCGGUCGGCACGCGAGAUGGCCGAGGAAUUCUCCAUCGGGUGCUCUGUCAGUGAACUUGUGAGUCGAUUCGUUCACCUCCUGGGACAAAGCCCGUACAGCGAAGACGCUGCCAAUUGUGAGACAGACUGGUGUGAGUAUGCAGAUGAUUCUGCAGAAAUCAAUGAAUUCUGUGCUAUCAGAGCUAGUCUCCCACCGAAGACUCCGUCAAACAUAUAUGAACUUCUUUCACAGGAGUAAUUAUAUACAUUUCUGUUCCUUCGAAAUAUCACUUGAUCUUUUAGUUGAAAAUGUUAAAACAACAAUCGGUCUAGGUUACGUAGAAGUCAUCACGAAAAUGUAUACAGUCAACGUGUAGACCGCAAGAAUCCCACAACUCCUCUGCAGUAUCCAACCAGGCCAGCUAAACGCUGUGCCUCUUGUUGUAGAGCCCGUUUCCAUUCGGCCAGGGCAGCCUUCAAAGCGUUGUCCUCGGCUGCAUCAGAACUAGAACAGUCUGCCACGAUAUCGGCAUGUAUUCUCAGAAAGACCGCCAU